AUGUUUGACUACCAGAUGAUCCGAUUUUUGGUAGGUGGUAGCAAGAAAGACCUCCGCUACCGGCACGAUUACUCCAUACUUGGUAAUAGGGAGUUUGUAGGGAAAUGGGGGGCUCCAGACAUCGACACCUCUGUUGCCGACACGCUUCUGACCAUCAUGCUCUUGAUCGUGUAUGCAUUUGACAUCAACAAUCUGCUAUCAUUUCUGAUCGACGAAGAUAGUCAACAGCUCACUAGUCUCACAUCGACAAUACUUGAAGAUGUUCGACAGAUGACCAUCGAUCAAUUAUUUAGUGAAAACACUUUGAAACUUUUAUUCCAGCGAUUCUCCGAAGCUGUAGAGGAGCAUCCGUUGGCCUUUGAGCCUUUCUGUCCUUCUGGAUUAUCUUUUCAAUUCGAUGGACAAAACCAAUCCAACGUUUCAGUUUCGAUAGGACAACAUCUGACUAUCUUAUACAAAUAUCACAAACUCGACCUUCAAGUCGUCAUCCAACGCGCCCUUCGAGAGAUUCUUAGUCGACAACAUCAAGAUGAAAAGUACGAUCAUAUCAUCGAUUCACUUGGUGGCCCAGCCAAAACGAAUGAUAAGAUCGAAAAACUAGCAGCCGCUUUGUCCAUUGGUAGCUUCGAUCAACUACUUAAAAACGUUCGAUCUAUCAUGUCUCCACUUGAUCCAACACUAGAACCAAUCAGUGUCAACUUUGACAUCUUCGUAAACUUUGAUGAUGCAGCCUACAGUCGAGGAGUGGUUACCUUUUCCUUUUCCCGAACUUCAUCAAGAUCUUUGUCUCAGCGGCAUAGGGGCCGGAAGGCAUUCCAAAGACUGUUAGACAGCACCGUCUACCUAGUCAGCGAGCGCUUCACUGUCUUGGUGAUCUUCGUCCUUUCGAUCGCAAUCUUAGUACUGGGUUUAUUGAUUACGAUCGGUUUGAUUCCUGGAGUAUCUGAAUCAAGAGCUGCGAACGUUCUCACCUACUCAGGAGCAAUAGCAAGUGCAUUAAUUGGAGUAGGACCCAAAAUCAUUUAUCGUAAUUGGACGUAUUAUGAUGUUUUUAGAAUGCAACGCUCGCUCCUUAGUGUUAGUGACAUCAAUCGUAAUUUUCCAGAGUACGAAGACCGGGCUCGAAUUUUUACAGAAUUAUAUAAACGUGCUAAUACGGGAGAGAUCCCAGUGACAGGAUCUUAUACUUGUGCAUUUGUUUGUGAAAAACGUGAUGAUGGGUUUGUUUGUGAUGAAGGUAUCCCAUUAGCUUCAGUAAUCAGAUCAACAGAUGGUUUGAUUUAUGUAUCACUUAGUCAUCAUACUUUAACUUUGGUCAUUCCUGGAUUCUCAUUUAGUAAUGUUUCUGGAUUAGGUACUGAAGCAAGAAAACGAAGAAAAGUGAAAUAUAUGAUAAGAAUCAAUGAAGGUGUUUUAACUUAUGUUAGAGGUAGUACACCAGAAACAGCUUGUCACUUUGAAGACUCUGGAGAAUCAUCUGAAAUUCCUGUAGCUGAUUUUAAUGAGGUAGCCCCCGCUACUUUGUACGUGGGUUAUGGGACGCCGACUCUACCUUAA